AUGGUUGUUGGUCCAUCUACACGUCCCGAGAGCAAUGGGAAUUUCAUCCACUGCCGGCAAAGUCUGCAGGCCGUCCAGGCUCGGGGAGGCGGACGGACUUCCAUGCUACUGCAUUUGCCGCCCUGCGCCCUGUGCAAUAUCAUCAAAAAGUACCUCCCCCUUCAGUUAUCAAUGAUCUACUCCUUACGAAGUUACGAAUACCCCCAAUGA